AUGCCAGAAGACGACGAUCCGGAAGAAGUGAUGAAAAAGCUACAGAAGCUGAUGAAUAAAUGUCUGGAGAAAUCACGCCCAGUGGAAGAACUCGAAAAAGUGGUCGACAAAGCCGCCAUCAUGAAAGACUUUUUCGAUCUUCAUUUUCGCGACGAGUUUGGCUACACUUUACUUGGAAAUGCUGUUCAAAAGCACGAAAUAGAUGUUGUGAAAUAUUUGGUGGAACAGCAUAAAUUCAAAAUCAAAGAGGAGCUUCUAAUUGCAGUUCAGCUAGAUUACAAACCAUGUGUUGAUUACUUGCUUAAAAAACAUCCAUAUUUGGUUAAUAGAAAGGUUCUGGCUGGCACUACAUUCAGACCCGGUCAGUCGCCAGUUAUGAUUGCUUCCUUGAUGGAAAAUGACUCCAUGCUGAAAUUCCUGUUUGCGCGGGGCGCUAAACCUCUGGAAGUCCCAGAGUUCGACCCUUCAGAUCCAAAUAACAUCAUCAGAUUUGACGCCAUUUAUCAGACUCUGCUAGCUCUUUCGAAGCCAAUGUAUCUGUGUGUUAUGAACGAGGAUCCGAUUAUGGUAGCUUUCAAAAUAGCGGAAAAAUGCGAGGAACUGGCUUCCGCGCUAGACGUUGCAAAGGAUGAUUUGAUGGAAAUCAAGAAAAGCUGCGAAAAAUUCGCAGCCGAUUUCAUCAAAUUUGUGCCAACUUUCGAUGACUUGGAACUGGUGUUGGGCCAAAUGACAACAGAUGACGUCAAUCUGGUGGUUCCUGGAACUCCUUGGGAGCGAUUGAGCUACGCGAUGAAUCAUAAUCACGUGGACUUUGUGGCCAGCGGCAGCGUCCAGAAGCUAAUGAAAAAGAAGUUUAUGGACGGUCCUCUGGCUUUGAACGAUUUCGAAUCAGCCAAUGUGGCCAAAAAAACCCUCUUCAUUCUUGCCCUAAGUCUUUUGACGCCAGUGUGGCUUUUCCUGUUCCUGGUUUUUCCUAUAAGCGAUAGUGCGACAUCUAAAUUUAUUAAAUCAUGGCUCGACAUGCCUUUUAUGAUUUUCAUCGCACAAAGCGUUCUCUACUUUGCACUGCUUGUAGUAGUCAUCGACGCUUCAGUGCAGACUGCUAUUUUCCCCAUGCUCACUUGGCCUGUUUUGGCGGCCGAAAGGAUUUGCUUGCAGGAGCUUUUACUCAACAGAACAGAUUGCAUUACCAAUAACUUAGCGUACACGGAGACGCAAAAAGCGUCGUAUAUCGCGAGCCCCAAUGCGUACGCCUUAUACUUGGAAAGCCAGGCAGUUGAUUUUAUUUCUGUAACCUUGACAAACACAACUUCAAAUUACAUUUCGGAAGGGUACAUUUCGGUUUUUACUCUGGGAAACAUUUACAAAGAAUUAUUAAAUAUCUGGGCCGAAGGAAUAUAUGUAUACAGUUCGGACUGGGUUAAUGUCUUGAACAUUCUUUCUAACUGGUGUUUUAUAAACGGAAUCGCGGUCAAAUACACCUACGUCUUUGUUGAUGGGUACAGUGGCAUCGGCACGUUUGGCGGCGAAAUAGCGCAUCCACUGCAAAUUUUUGACGCGUUUACAUCUGUAGGGCUUCUGCUGCUAUUCUACAAGAUGUACAAACUUCUCCGAGUUACGGAAACAGUCGGCCGACAGCAAAUUCUUCUACGUGAGGCGUUCAUAGCUUGUUUCUACUUCUUCAUUUUGUUCUUCUGUGUUUUGUUUGCAUUUUCGGUGGCUUCAAAUAGUAUCAUAUGGCGUUCGUAUCGAGCCUACAUUCAAAACUGCAGAAAAAUCGAUGGCAAGUAUGAAACGACUAUUCCGACCAAUAUUCCGUGUGAAACUAACCUAGUCCCGUCAAGUUUAGAGGAACUAGUGAAAUAUCAAGACUUUUUUCAAGUGUUGGAGACAUUUUUCUUUGGAAUGUUUCUCCCUUCUGCUGACAUUUUGUCCUUGUUUCCCUCCUACGAAAACAUGCAGGAAUGGACACUUGCUAUCAUGUAUGGCGCGUAUGUUUUCCUCAUGAUCAUUGUCCGAAUGAACGUUCUCAUAUCUCUGGUUAUUUUCGCAGUCAAAAACACUGCCAAGUUUGAAGCCACUCUUUGCAAAUUCCAGAAAGCGAAGCUGAUGUACCUCUACAUAUGCGGUGCAGAUCCCAUGCCGCCUCCAUUCAACUUAAUUCCCAGUGUCUCCAGAAUCAGUAGCUGGGCCAGAAGUAGAAACAAAGGCAUCAAAUUGAAAAUGCUCUCCGAGGAAGAGCUCAAUCAAAUUCCGCGACUUCGCGCACUGAUUUGCAAACUGAAGUUGAGUUACUUGCGUGAACAAAGGAAGUCGCUCGUCGCCAAAGAUGUCGACUUGAGCCAACUCAUAAUAUUCAAGGAAACUGUUCAAAGUCGGUUGAGCGGAGCCAUUGACGGGGUCAAAUCAAUCAACACUCGAGCAGAAAAGUUUUUCAAGGCCAAAGCCGCAAACAGGAGAGCGCUGGAUGUUGCGGAGGACGACAAAAAGAAGUCAAGCGCAAAGAAGGAAGAGGAGAAAAAUCCGUUCACGCGCAAAUACAACGAAAUAAAGAGCAGAAAAAACAAGUACUUCGAAAAUAAAGGGGGAGGAAACUCUAGACUGGGAUCUUUCUUCAAAUGA